AUGCCUAACCUGCGGAGCAUAAUUCAGGACACUCAUCGCGCACUGGAAGUUGUUGGCAUCCCGGACGCCCGGCUCGAAUCCGAAGUGAUGGUCAUGGACGUGAUGCGUAUGCCGCGCCAGUCCAUCUUCGCCGAACAGGAAACCGAGGUUUCCGCACAGCAACAGGAGCAACUGGCGACCAUUAUCCAACGCCGCCUGACUCGGGAACCCCUGGCCUACAUCCUGAAUCACAGGGAGUUCUACGGCGUAAACCUGCUCGUAAACUCGGAUGUGCUUAUCCCCCGUCCGGAAACCGAAACGAUGGUAGAACAUGCACUGUUCAUGGCGCUCAUGGGUAUGGAAAGUCGGGAACUGAUCAUCGCCGACGUAGGUACCGGUUCAGGAGCGAUCGCUAUCAAUCUGGCCAUACACCUGCCGGCCGCUCACAUUUACGCCAUCGAUGCCUUCGACCCAACGCUGGACGUCGCCGCAUACAACAUUCGAAUGCACAACGUCACUGACCGCGUAACGUUACUGAAAGGUGACCUGCUCGAACCCCUGCCCCAACCCGUAGAUGUGGUGGUAGCGAAUUUGCCCUACCUCCCCACGGCACGGAUUCCAACGCUGCAACCCGAAGUCCAAUGGGAACCCGUGGCAGCGCUGGACGGCGGCCCCGACGGUUUGGAACACAUCCGCCGCCUGCUACAACAAGCCUCUGAUAGCGAGCGAUUGAAACCUCACGGCGUGAUUCUUCUCGAGAUGGACCCUGAACAGAUGUCUGACGCGCAGACAGCAGCCAACCAGGCGUUUCCAGACGCAGAGGUUUCAAUGGAGCCAGAUUUAUCCGGGCGGGACCGGGUACUGGUCGUCAAUCUGGGCGGUACAUCACCGGAUUACUGA